AUGUCGCCUAGUUUGAGGACACUUUCCCGCCAAGAGCGGUUUCAUUUGGACACCAUGACCAACAUAAAGCGUUUCGUAGAGAAUUUUAAUGUCGAGCGCGAUGUAGGACAGCUUGAGGGAUGGAAGCAACGAGCGGAAGUAUUAUAUGCCGAUUUUCAGGCAAAUCGUUUACAGAUCGAAUUGUUCGGCGAAGAUACCGAUAAGAAAGAUACGGAUGAAGAGGAUGCAAAGAUUGCAGAAGAAGCUAAUCGUCUAAUUCGUCAGGUUCCUGCUACUACCAGUGAUGCAGGAAACCUAUUCAAUCACCCUUAUUCUCGUAUAAAGCUCCCUGAAGUAAAACUUCCCACGUUUUCUGGGUGCGUAUCGGAGUGGAUAACGUUUCGUGACACGUUUAAGUCCCUAAUUGACUCCAAUCCCCAACUUUCGCCUAUCGAUAAAUUGUCGUAUCUCGUUGCUUCCCUUUCCAAAGAUGCUAGGAAGGUGGUCGAAUCCGUCGAGCACACUGCUGCAAAUUAUCCAGUCGCCUGGAACCUACUAGAGAAGCGAUUCGACAACAAAAAGUUAGUCGUCAGAACGUUGAUUGAUGCUCUGUUUUCGAUUGAGCCCCUCAAAAGAAAGUGUUAUGAGUCGCUUAUGCAUCUUGUCGAUGAUUUUGAACGAAACCUGUGUAUGAUCGACAAGAUGGGCAUUCCCACGAAAGACUGGAGUGUGUUGCUGGCGCACAUGGUUUGUAGUAAACUCGAUUCGUCCACGCUGAAGCAGUGGGAAACGUACCACAAAUCGACAGAUGUUCCCAAAUACGAAGACGUCAUCAAGUUUCUUCGUACCCAUCUAACGGUGCUCCAAUCGCUGACUCCGUCGAAACCACGCUUGUUAGAUACACCCAAACCGGAGUCGUACCGGUCACAGAAGUCGAAAAUAAAUACAGUCCACACAGUUACUACUACUAGCACAUCGCCAAGUUCUUGCCCGUUCUGCUCUACGUCUCCUCAUUAUCCAUUCAAGUGUGAAGCAUUCCAGAAACUUUCGGUCGUCCAACGUUUCGAGCAGGUGAAAAAGAAAGGUUUGUGUAUCAACUGCUUCUCCUCCUCCCACCUAGUAAGAAAUUGCACAUCCGGUGCUUGCAGAGUAUGUGGCCAGAAACACCACACAAUGCUACAUCAGUCGCAAGACCGUUCGUCCACUCUAUUAAAGCCAAUCAAUUCUACUGUUAUUUCGCAACCUUCGGCAUCGAAUUCGUCAAUGCAACCAACACAGUCUCGUCAAUCAUCGACAGCAGAAUCCCAAUCGCCACCAGCCAAUGCCACAAGCCUCAUUUCCACCACUCUCGUCGGAAGUUUUCGAACUGUUCCAGCUACUGUGCUGCUACAAACCGCUAUCGUCAAGAUCUUCGAUUCACACGGACACACGCAUUGUGCCCGAGCAUUACUCGACCCCGCUUCACAGCUAAGCUUGGUUACAGAAAAUCUCGUCCAGAAACUCCAGUUACGCCGCUAUUCUGAUCGCCAAGAGAUCGGUGGCGUAGGUAACUCCCUCGUCGUUUCGUACCAUGCUGUCCCUAUUCGUAUGGGUUCGCGUUGCUCGGAUUUCGUCACUGAUGUACAAUGUCACAUCCUAAAGAAAAUCACACGUGAAUUGCCAGCCAGGUGCAUCGACACGUCAGCGUGGAACAUCCCAUCGAAUCUCGCUUUAGCUGACCCUCAGUUCCACAAGCCUGGACCCAUCGAUCUCCUCAUCGGUAUGGAAAUGUACUAUGACCUGCUUCUCGAAGGAUUCUUGAAACUCGGACCAGAAAACCAGUCCUGCAAAACACCGUGCUUGGAUGGGUGGCCUCCGGUAGGGCAGGCUCCAACCCUUGCUCGCUUUUGGGAAAUUGAAUCUUGCUGGAACAAAGGUACCUUUUCGUUGGAGGAAACCGCAUGCGAAGAACAUUUCUCCAGUAACGUCUCUCGUGAUGAAUCAGGUCGCUUCGUAGUCACUCUUCCCAAACGUUCGUCGAUGCUAAACCUAUUGGGAAGUUCAAAGGAGAUUGCUACUCGAAGAUUUCUCACUCUCGAACGUCGCCUGCAAGCCAACCCCAAACUGAUGGAAGCAUACUCGGCUUUUAUCGAAGAAUAUCAUAAAUUGAACCAUAUGCGAGAAGUUGUCGAUGAAGAAAUUUCUGCUAGUGGUAUUUCGUACUAUCUCCCGCACCACGGCGUGGAGAAAGCAGACAGUACAACCACGAAGCUUCGAGUAGUCUUUGACGCUUCGUGUUCUACUGAUAGUGGGAUCUCGCUGAACCAAGUACUAAUGGUAGGUCCAGUCAUUCAAGAUGACCUGUUAUCAAUCAUUCUGCGGUUUCGGAUGCAUCGCUUCGUUAUUAUUGCUGACAUCGAGAAAAUGUUUCGGCAAAUUCGAGUCCACUCUGCUGAUUAUCCACUACAGCGGAUUCUCUGGCGUAGCUCGCCGGACCAGCCUCUUCGUACCUUUGAGCUGACGAAGGUGUAG